UCGAUAACAACUUGUAGUCGGUGAAAAAGUUAAUUUCAAAGUUGUCAUUUGUUAAAGUUGGUAAUUAUGUCGCUAUCUCGUUACAAUAAAUUGUUUAAAUUGACUUUUAACCGAACCGCCAUUCAAGCAACUGGAACCGGAGCCAUGACGACACGGAAUAAAUCAAGCAGUGCCCAGGCGGCCACUAAAGGAAGUGGAGAACCCCAUUUCGAGACAUUGGCCAUUACCACACCGGCACCCUUUGUGUUUCAUGUGGAACUGAAUCGACCCACCAAACUAAAUGCCUUUAACAGACAAAUGUGGAUUGAAAUUAAAGAUUGCUUCGAACACUUGGCCAUUAAUCCCGAUUGUCGAUCAAUUGUCAUAUCGGGAUCUGGCAAACAUUUCACUGCUGGCAUUGAUCUCACUUCGAUGAUGAAUCUGGGCCAAGAGCUGGCCGAUGUCGAUGAUUAUGCACGCAAAGGUGUUAUAGUGGAGCGCCUAAUAAAGUUGUAUCAAGACUCGAUAAGUUCAUUGGAACGCUGCCCAAAGCCAGUGAUUGCUGCAGUGCAUCGUGGUUGUAUAGGCGCUGGUGUCGAUCUGAUAACGGCCGCCGAUAUCCGCUACAGCUCCCAAGAUGCCUUCUUUCAGGUAAAAGAGGUUGAUAUUGGUAUGGCUGCUGAUGUUGGGUCAUUGCAACGCUUGCCCAGGGUAAUUGGCAACCAGUCGUUGGUCCGGGAGCUCUGCUACACGGGUCGCCGCUUUGAUGCCGCCGAAGCCGAGCACUGUGGUCUGCUUAGCCGUGUGUUCCCCGACAAGGACUCUAUGAUCACCGCAGCUGUGGCACUUGCCGAAGUUAUAGCCACUAAGAGCCCAAUUGCCAUUCAGACGACCAAGGAGAGUCUGGUCUACUCGCAGGAACACACAAAUCAAGAAGGAUUGGAUCACAUUCGUAUCAUUAACAAACUAAAUCUGCAAUCUGAGGACUUGGCCCAGGCUGUGGCCGCCCAGCUGACCAAGGAUGAAAAGCCGGUCUUUGCCAAACUCUAGAUAAGAUAAUUUUUUUUUUAAUUCUUUUGAAUUUGUUUCUUAAUAUAUUUCUGAUUUAAAUGUGA